AUGGACUACCAUUAUGAGCAGACGAGCGAGGUCGAAGCUUUAGAUUCCAUUUAUUAUGGGGACAUGCAAAUGAUUGCAACAGAACCUUUCCACAAAUUUAGCAUACCCAUAAAGUCUGAAGGCUUCGAUGAUGGAGAUGGUCUUGCAUGUCAGCUAGUCUUCACAUAUACAGCUAAAUAUCCUGACGAAACGCCAGUUAUAGAAAUAGAAAAUGAAGAAAAUUUUGAUGAUGUAGUUGAUAAGGAUGCUUUACUAACACAUUUAAUAGAACAGGGAAAAGAAAACCUAGGAAUGGUCAUGGUAUUCACGUUAGUGUCAGCUGGACAAGAGUGGCUUAAUGAAAAAUGGGACAGCAUCAAAAAAGAAAGAGAGGAACAAAUAUAUGCAAAAAAGAAAGCCGAAGAGGAAGCUGAACAGAAACGGUUUGAGGGUACUAGAGUCACAGUUGAAUCUUUCCUGGCAUGGAGAAAGCAGUUUGAAAUAGAAAUGGGUAUGCCAGCUAAAAAAGAGAGAGAAGCUAAAGAUAAGAACAAAUUGACUGGCAGGGAACUCUUCCUGAGAGACACCACUCUCAAUGAAUCUGAUUUGAAAUUCCUGGAUGAUGGAGAUGCAGUUAAAGUAGACGAGUCUCUAUUUCAAGAUUUGGAUGACCUUGAAAUAUCAGACGAAGACGAUAAAGAUUAUGUUCCAGGAAAAAGUGGCAGUGAUAGUGAUUAG